CUCAGCACAUCGCGCCAAAUUCCAAAUCAGAUGAUCAUCUUAACAUUUUAAACACGGCAAGAAAGUGUCAUCUCACAAUGUCAGCAAAAAGGGCUCUCCAACUAGAGAACAAGGAGCACGUAAGCGACAACGUGACACCAAUGAAGAUGCCAGCUUUGGAGAGAACAUUCUCUCCUCACACAGGUACUCGUGUGAUGAGCCCUACCCCUGGGACUAAAGGCAAUUACCAAGACAGAAGGGAGACCACCAAUGGCCACAGAACACAAGCUACACAGCAGGAUCAACUGGAGAAGUUGCGCUCCAACUUAGAAAAGUCAGUACAGUCCAUCCUGAAAACUAGGCAGGACCUUGAAAGCCAUUUGCCAGUAGAGGGCAGCAGCGAGUUAAGCAGACUCUUUCCAAGGAGUCCUGGUGACCUGCUGACAGAGCUAGAGAAGCACAGGAAGCUCGUGGCCAAAGUUGAAUCAAGUUUUGCCAUGGACGUGGUGGAUAGACAGAGUCAUUUCACAGGCUUUCCUCCUGCAGGGAACUCCCGGGAGUUUCUGAAGGCACUCCUACGAUAAGAAGCAUAGGUGGAGAGUGGUGCUGGACAGACCUGGUACAUUACCCAGCUUCCCUGUCAACCCUGCUUUUUCUGUAGACCUGAGACUUCAGACACCUCUACUGGACCAAAGUCUUGCUUGGGCUGUGUGAAAAGAACACAUAUUCACAUCCUCCGAGUAUCUGUGGUCCAUUCAGACACUCUGUUUGUGAAGGCCUGGAAUGGUACUCGCUCAUAACCCCAGACCUGGUUGUACUCUCUUUUGUGAUGUUCAUGCCAGUCUGUGUUUCUGUUUGCGUAUGAGAGGGAAUGCUCGACUCCACUCUACAGAUCGUACACGUUUAAGCACUACAGUCCUGUCUUUGUACAUUCUGUGUUUAACUCCCAUUAGCCACAUUGUCUUCGGCAAGGCCAGACAUUGUCCUGACAGCCAUAUUCCUGGCUAUGUAUGUGUGAGUGUGCGCGUGUGCUCGGUUGCCUGCAGGGCCAGCGUGGAACAGGCCGAACAACAGCGGCCCCUUUGUGACCUGAUAACAUUUAUAGUUGUAAUGGAUUUUUUUAAUGGCCGUCAUUAAGUCCCAAUGGAGAUGGAGGCGAGGUGGGGAGAGAGAUGGCUUGUGCCUCUUUCCUGUGCUAUUUCAGCUUUAUGGUGUUAUGCUCUCGUGUCAGCUUCCAUCAUUUUUGUUUUACGGCCCGGGCCUACGCUGCUUUUGUUCAAAUGUACAGCUCUGUGUGAGGACUCCUUUUGUAUCGGCUUGUUACAAUUAUGUGUUUUAUGAUAUUAAAUUAAAGCAUUG